GACACCUCCGCUGCACCUUCCUUGUGAGAGCGACCCCACAGAUGUUUGGUUUCCAGCAGGAAACGCGUGCCAGCUGAACACUGGCGACAGCUUUAACAGGUCGCCGCUGAUGAAGGCAGUAGAGCACCAGCACGCAGACUGUGCGGCUAUUCUACUGGAGCACGGUGCCAACCCUGACUUCAAAGAUGUUUGCGGCAACACUGCCCUUCACCUGGCUGCCGAAAUUCCUGGCACGUCUCUAGUGGAGCUGUUACUUGAGCAUAACGCUGAUAUUGAUGCUCAGAACAGGUUGGGCUACACUCCGCUUACUAUUGCCAUCAUCGAGCACUGUGAAGAGAUGGUCGAGUUCCUUCUUCAAAAAGGAGCUGACGUGCAUGUUCGAGACCGGCGCAAAAG